AUGGAAACAUUAUAUCAUCAGACAAAUCAGCUCAUCCAAGAGACAACAGAACUGUUUCAAAAAUUGGAGAGAGAUCCAUCCAAUUUCAAAGACAUAGAAAAUGCUAUUCAAUCUAAAAUUAAUGCAAUUAGUGCAAAUUGCGAGAAGUUGGAUAUUUAUGUAUAUAAAACACCAGUAAACCAGAGGCCCAUGGCAAAAAUGCGGGUUGACCAACUGAAGUAUGAUAAUCGACAUAUCCAGGCAUCACUCGCAAAUAGUCAAACUAAGAGGCAAAGACGGGAGCAGGAGCUCUAUGACAGAGAUCAAUUGCUGAGUCGUAGAUUUGGCCAUGACCACACUGCCAUAAAUGUGGACUACAUAGGCCAGGAGCAAGUCUCUUUGCAGAAUUCACACAGAAAUGUUGAUGAGAUGAUACACACAGGUACAAGUAUUCUGGAGACGUUGAAGUAUAACCGAGAGACAUUAAAAGGAGCACACAGAAGAAUCAUAGAUUUGGCGAAUACAUUAGGGUUGUCAAACGCAACUAUAUCACUUAUAGAAAAAAGAGUGUCACAGGAUAAAUACGUUUUGUUCGGCGGGAUGUUCGUGACGUUAGCUGUGAUCGUUCUUGUUGUAAUGUAUUUGACGUAG